UAAAAUAGAUCGCCGCCGGCCACGCGAGACAGGGCGUGCCUUCCCGGCCGGACAGAAUAAUCCCAAAUGGUUUGGCGAAGCCCUAGUUGACGCCCGAUUAUUUCUUGAUGGGAUCGUAAAGAAGGCGGGCAAAAGAAAAUCCCUUUCUCACUCGGGCUCAGUUAUGGUGGCCGAUCAAAAAGGAGUACUGGGAAUUGCAGUUCCAGGAGUGGAGAAACACCAAUAUCAGGCAUCGGCAAAACCAACCGGUCUUAAUUAUUAUGGCCUCUGCACCUUCGCCGGAAUAUUCAGUGCCGGCACUACCCAUCUAGCUAUCACGCCUCUCGAUGUCAUCAAAGUCAACAUGCAGCUGAAUCCUAUCAAAUACCACACGAUCUCCACUUGCUUCGCCACUCUACUGAAGGAGCAAGGGCCAUCCACGUUUUGGCGAGGCUGGGCAAGCAAGUUCUUCGGCUACGGCCUCCAAGGUGGCUGCAGAUUCGGGUUAUACGAAUACUUCAAAACCCUCUACUCAAAUGUCAUCCCUCCCGACUACCAGCGCAACCGUAGCGUCAUAUUCUUCACCAGCAGCGCCACGGCCGAAGUCUUCGCCAACCUCUGCCUCUGCCCUUUCGAAGCCAUCAAGGUUAAAGUUCAAGCACAGCCACAUUUCGCCAAGGGACUGCUCGACGGCUUCCCAAAGCUAUAUGCAUCCGACGGCCUCCUUGGGUACACUACUACUCUCAAGUCACCAUUCCUCUCCACAAUCCGCACUCUUCCUUUUCUAACUUGUGCGUUUUCUUAUUAUUAUGGUCACAGUUUCUACAGAGGUCUUGUCCCACUCAUGGGUCGAAACAUUCCAUUCUCGAUGGUGAUGUUCUCGACGUUUGAGCACACGGUGGAUUUCCUAUACCGCAAAGUGGUGAAAGCGAGGAAGGAGGAAUGCACGAAAUGGCGCCAGCUAGGGAUCACAUGUGUGGCUGGAUAUGCAGCUGGCUCUGUCGGCAGCGUAAUAACUAACCCCGCCGACAACCUUGUUACUCAUCUUUACAACAGGAAGGGGGAUGGGCUUAUCACGGCUGUGAAAAAGAUUGGUUGUCUCAACUUGUUUACGAGGAGCCUUCCCAUCAGGGUAAUCCUCGUUGGACCUGCCGUGACCCUGCAGUGGCUGCUCUUUGACAGCGUUAAAGUUUUCAGUGGCUUGCCAAGCAGCGGAGAAGUCAGGACUGACGUUGGAUAG